GAGCGCCUACACGAACAGCUCAGAGCAGCGCGCUUAUCUCCACUCUAGAGCCCUCGCUAGUGUUUGAGACAUGCGGAGCGCCUGUGUUUGUGAGAGAGACUCUAGGGAGGAGGGUUAGGUAACAUCCGCAGGACUGAACCGGGGAAAGUUGUUUCCUCCUGAACUCUUGGUGCAGUUUGCUGAAGGCCGGCCCUGCUGCACUGCACACAGGGAAAAGGAAGACGGAUGCGGGCGAAGGGAAGAAUAACGAAACCAAAGGGAAAUAUCGAGACAAAUGACGUGGAAGCCAUGGAAGUGUCGGACACGACAACAACAGCAGCCGCGUCGCGCAGUGACGAGCGUGACGAAGCUGGAUCUGACGUGCAGGCUGAGCUAAUCGAGUGCAGAGCUCAGCUGGAACAUUGGCAGGGCGUGGCGAGGAUCUGCGAGCUUAGCAAACAGGAGGAGCUGCAGGACCUGCAAAAACACUGUGACCAGGAGAUUCAGUCCUUACAUGGAGGCUCUGCCGGAGAAACAGCUGCUCAGUAUGAAGCCAGAAUAUCUGCUCUGCAGUCAGAGAGAGCGCAGUGGGAGGAGGCUGCUCUGCCCAAUGACACUAAGGGAAUUUUUAAAAAGGGUAAGGUGGAAGGAACGUCUCCCCCCAAUGAAGGAGCACUGGGUGAUUCCUCUCCUCUCCGAGCUGCGGAUCAUGAGGGCUCAGGGUCAGACUCUGAUCCACUGGAGCUGCUGGCAGAGACGUCAGACACAGAGACCACAGGCCUCAUGAUGGACUACUUUCCCCAGCACUGCGACUCUGCCUCUCUGUCAUCUUUCUCUCUGGAUACACCCUCUCUGCCUCGACAUCUACCCCCUCAGGAUGACACUGCCUCCUUGCUGUCCACUGGAACACUGGUGCCAGAAGCAAUCUACCUGCCGCCACCGGGACACAGACUGGUCACACAUGCUGACUGGGGACAAGCUGCAAGCACAAUGUCAAGCUUCAAGACGAGGUGGACAGAGCUUCAAAAACAGAAAGCUGAACUAGAGAGAGAACUGGAAGUGCAAAGCACAGAGACACAAAAACAGUUGUCAGUGCUUCAGUCUCAGGUGCAAACUUCUGAAGCCCUCCUUCAAGAUCUACAGAAAUCUUUUAGCAUGUCACAAAAUGCUGUUCAGUGCAGACUGGCAGAGCUGUCUUACUCACAGAAGAGAGUCUGUAAUGAACUCUCCAAGCUGAAGGGUGAAGACGGUGACGUGGAUGAAAGAACCGAGAACAGCCUCCCACCUCCCAGUCCAACACUAGAGGCAGCUCACUGUGAAGAGAGGCUUCGUAUUGAAAUAGUCAACCUACAGGAACAGCUGGAGACACGCACAGAGGAGAGCGAAAUUUUAGAAGUCAAGCUUGCCAGCCUGAAAGUAGAGACAGACCGCAUACAGAUCCGGAAGGAAAAGCUGGAGGCUGAAAUGCAGGAGUGUCGAGUGGAGGUGCAGGGUCUGCGUGUGGCGCUUUCUCACCUUCAGAAAGACAACAAAGCUCACAUCCAGGAAAAGGCGGGGUUGCAGCAGCAGUGUUUAGAGUUACGCAGUCAGGUCAUCAGCCUGCGCUCUCAACUAGACACCAGUCAGGCUGUGCAGAAGGAUUUUGUGCAGCUGUCUCAGUCACUGCAGGUGAAGCUGGAGCAGAUUCGCCAAGCAGUAUCAUUAAACCAAGUCAAGCACAUUUUAGGGGAGGAGAUUGAAGAAGACGCUGAUUUGCCUGCAGAUGCCACAUGAAACCAUAUACAAACAGGUGACUUUGUCAAACCAAAGGGAAGAGAAUAAGGAGACUAAAGGGCCAAACUAAGGUGGAUUGUCAACAAAAUAACACAAACAAAAUGAACUGAAGCACUAAACGACCACUUCUGCACUCAUGGCUUCACAAUGCAUACUGUCAUCUCGAGCAAUACAGGCUAAACACGACUCCUUAUCAAUCUGGAACAAUUUGGGAUUUGCUAAUACUUGAAUUGGGUGUAAAGCUAAUACACUGACCACUGUCUGUACUAGACUUAGUGCUUCUGCAAAGUUAGAUUUGUCUUGCUGGUCAUAAAAGAAAGACUGAUGGAUGAAAUGUCAAUCAUCAGCACCUGUCACCAGCAAAAUAACCAAAAAAACACACUAGGAACUGAGGAUAGCGGCAGUGCUAACUGUAUAUACAAACUACUGCAGAUGUACCUGCCAUCUUUUGUUAUAGGACAAAUAUAUAUGUGCCAAAAUACAUCGUUCAGUGAUGAGCAAUCCAUCAAAAUAUUAUGUUAUUAUUACUUAAAAUAUGGCAUCAAUUGUUUUAGCUGUGAAAAAUUGUUCACAGUUAAAAUCUUAACAUGUUACAUGAGAUGCAAACUUUUAUUUUUUAUAUUUUAAUGACCAGUUGUUGACUAGAUACUAGUGCCAUAUUUAUUUGUUUUAAGAUUGCAUCUUUUAAUUCACACCAUUUUUAUUCAUAACUAGUGUUACAAUUGCUCCUAGCUUCUGAGUCAAGAUAACUGUAAUGAUAGCUAGUUGUUAAUGCUAGCCACCAGCAAGCAACAACCAAGAAAUUAAACAUAUACUUGGGAGCAGUGUUCUCAACCACGUUCCUGGAGGCCCACCAACACUGCAUGUUGUGGAGGUCUCCUUUGUCUGUCACACCCAUUACGGGUGUUUCAGCCUCUGCUAAUGAGCUGAUGAUCUGAAUCAGGUGUGUUUGGUUGAGGAGACAUGUAAAAUGUGCAGAGCUGGUGGUCCUCCAGGAACAUGGUUGAGAAACACUGCUUUAGAGUAAAUUCAUUAUGACUUUGCACAGCAUAAGUACAUUCUACAAAUAUUUGAGCUUAUUGAAACUUUCAAAGUGAAAUAUUCAUGUUGCUCUCAGGCUCAACUGAACUGGUUUCAUCAUUCUAGACUGAAUAUGUUUUGUGUCCAUUUUCCUCUUAGUAUAAUACUACCUACUGAACACUGCAAUGAGAGUUGCAGUAAUUUUAUGGCCAAAGUCACUUUAUCAGAAAGUGUUCUAGUUUCAUUUUGAUGUAUCUGGGUGAGCCAAUGAGCAGUGGAGGAUCAAUUUGGUGAUGAAAGACUAAAUCUAUUUGGGGCUAAUACAUGUUAAUUAUGUGCUAUGAAUGCAGGCACAAUGUUAGUAACAAUUCUGAGUGAAUUGUGUAUGUAUGAAUCAAUUAAACUAAAAGACCAUAACAGACAA